GAAAUAAAGAAAAAAAAAUAACCAAAAACAAAAAAGAAGCUAAUGGUCUUAGAUAUGGAGUCUACCGGAGAAGUUGUUAAAUCAACCGCCAGUAACGGCGGCGGUAUUACGGUGGUUAGAUCCGACGCGCCGUCAGAUUUCCACGUAGCUCAAAGAUCAGAAAGCUCAAACCAAUCUCCCGCCUCCGUCACUCCUCCUCCACCACAACCGUCGUCUCAUCACACAGCUCCUCCGCCGCCGCAAACUUCGACGGCGACGACUACGACGGCAGCUAUGGAAGGUAUCUCCGGUGGACUAAUGAAGAAGAAGCGUGGACGGCCAAGGAAGUACGGACCGGACGGGACAGUUGUAGCGUUAUCUCCUAAGCCAAUUUCAUCAGCGCCGGCGCCGUCGCAUCUUCCGCCGCUGAGUUCACACGUCAUCGAUUUCUCCGCCUCUGAGAAACGUAGCAAAGUGAAACCAACAAACUCUUUUAACAGAACUAAGUAUCAUCACCAAGUUGAGAAUUUGGGUGAAUGGGCUCCUUGUUCCGUCGGUGGUAAUUUCACACCUCAUGUAAUCACAGUCAACGCCGGCGAGGAUGUAACAAUGAAGAUAAUCUCGUUUUCGCAACAAGGACCUCGUUCUAUUUGCGUUCUAUCAGCAAAUGGUGUUAUUUCAAGCGUUACACUUCGUCAGCCGGAUUCCUCUGGCGGCACAUUGACAUACGAAGGUCGGUUUGAGAUAUUAUCAUUGUCCGGGUCAUUCAUGCCUAAUGAUUCAGGCGGAACUCGGAGUAGAACUGGAGGAAUGAGCGUAUCGUUAGCAAGCCCCGACGGACGUGUAGUAGGCGGUGGCCUCGGUGGUUUACUAGUAGCAGCGAGUCCGGUUCAGGUGGUUGUAGGAAGUUUUCUAGCUGGCACUGACCAGCAAGAUCAGAAACAGAAAAAGAACAAACACGAUUUCAUGUUGUCCAAUCCUACCGCUGCGAUUCCUAUCUCUAGUGCAGCUGAUCACCGGACAAUCCAUUCGGUCUCGUCUCUUCCGGUCAAUAAUACAUGGCAGACUUCUUUAUCUUCUGAUCCAAGAAACAAGCAUUCCGAUAUUAAUGUCAAUUUAACUUAAAAAGUCCGAUCUUUCUCUGUAUUUUCUGUUAACAAGUUCGAUUCGGUUGGUUUAUCAACAUUAGGGUUUUACUAAAAUGGUAGUAUUAUA